UUGAGUUACUGACGAUCGUGUCUAAUUUUGGACUGGAAAAUAACCCCGUAAGGUCACAGUUUCAACAUGAUUCCGUGAAGUUUCACUCAGGAUGAGGGACCAAGGAGACUUCAAAUCUGUGAAGCGGUUCGGCUACACAGGUUCAAAGACAACUAAAAGCAACACAAGGAAUGACGAAUGGGAUACAAUAGCCUUAGCAAAACCAAUAACAGAAACCAAAGAGCUCAGUGUGCUGAACGACACGUGGAGCAUCCGCAAGAAUGUCUCACUGGAAGGAGGUCUGUUAAAACCAGAGGGGAACACGGUUCAGGCUCCCCCCUCUGGGUCGGGGUUCUACUCCCGCCACGGCCAACACAACUCACUAAAAUCAUUUGAGGAGUUGAGAUCAACACCCGGUUUCAACUCCACGGGGCAAGCUGGUACUACAAAAAGCUUCUCGCUGAAUCAACAGAGGGCGGGCUACUCGUAUUCCCAGCCGGAGGCGGUCAACACCGGUACCUCGUUCCCGAUGCUGACUUCGUCUAGUGUAGGAGGGAAUCAUAAUCUCAGUAGAUAUGGAGAAACAACUCACGGAGGAUCAAACCCAGGGAGGAUCCCAGGGGGAGGAGUGGGUAAAGCAGCACAAUUAGGCAUGAAUAAACCGGGUCAAUUCGGCAACAGUUCCUCACAGCUCAGCAGUAACCGAACCUCAUCAUCCGGAAGCGGGAAACAGUGGCCGAGUUUCUGACAGCAGCUUGAAAAGUUUGAAAGUCUAAAAAGUAUUUGGCGCUGUGAGAUAGUGUUAUGAAAAUCGCUUGAUUCAGAGAUUUGCAAUGAGUGAUUUGCAACAAUAUAGCCCCUGUUAUUAUUUUUGUUUUCACCUGUAAUUUGCUAGCUUAAUGCGUUGCUGGCCUAAUUUUAUGGUGGCUUGAUAUGAUGUAUCCUUGGGGCCAUUCAGAAUUGUCAAUGUUUAAAAUUGUGGGUGAGUGGGCCAAAAGAAAUGACCGAAAAUCAAGAUUCAGUUUCUAGUUAAUUCUUUUUAAAAUAUCUGGUUCAAUUGAGGCAUUACUUCUGUCUUCAGAGUACAGAUUUAAAGGGUCUAUGUAACUUUUGUAGGACAAAAAACACAAUGUCCACAGAUUUACACUAAACUUACAC